AUGGACGACAUAGACGCAAUUCCUUCAAUCUCCUCGGGGAACGUUGGUUCCCGCUUCGUCUCCCAGAAUGACAUUGAGACCGCGAAAGCGAAGCGCGAAGAACAGUGGAAGGCUGCCUAUGCAAGGCUUGGGCAGGAACCACCUCCGCCUCCAACGGAGGACGUGUUUGAUGGACGAAGCCUUGCAGAGAAAUUAGCUGCGAAUAGAGCAGCCAAACAAGAAGAAUGGGAGGAGCGCAACAAACUAGGUAACCAAUUUCGGGCUCUGGAAGAGGACGAGGUCCUCUUCCUAGAUUCCAUCAUGGAAAAGCAGCGUGAGGAAGAGCGCAUGCGUAAAGAGAUGGAUGGCGAAGAAUUGAAACACUUCAGAGAAGCGGUUGCCGCACGAGAAAAUGAAGCAAACAAGCCACCGGCAAUUUCAUCUAUAGUCGGUACUACGACCAGCGUCCCAAGCAAGCCUAAGGCCCCGGCAGCGGCUCCUUCCGCCAGAAAGGAUACAAAGAAAUUGCUGAAGGGCGUUUUGGUUAAGAAGAAACCAAGACCUGCCGCAGGCUCCCCACCAGUGACGAACAAUCCCAAAACCGAAGGUACUGCGAAGGUACAGUCACAGAGCACUAACGGCAGCGAGCGAAGAAAGGUCGAGGAUUUGGAACGGCCUACAAAACGACCAAGACUGUCAGAGCCAGACUCGUGA